CUCUGGAAGAAACAAAGGACUUUUAGUUUCCUCCUAAACUACCAUCAUAACAUACAUGUUGUGAGAACUUUUCAGAGGACACUGAUUUUACCGUGACACAAGAACUAAAGCAAACAACAUCAGGAUGUCCAACAACAAGAAAUCUCCAGCAACUGCAAAAUUUUACAGAGAACCAGAAGUGAAGGAAUUGUACACUGGAUACCUGGUCAAGUCCCCCCCGCUGACAGCCCUAACUAAAAACACUAAAUCAUGGAAGAAACGUUUCUUUGUGCUCUCCAAAAAAACGGAUGAGGACUCCUACCAGCUGACAUAUCAUGUAAACGAACGGAGAGACAAGCCUUUGGGAGUGAUAGACAUUUCUAAGAUCAGCUUGCUGUUCACUAGCCCUGAGACACAUCAGAAGUGGGACUGGGUCAAGAAACCAUCCAAGGGCUCUCCAUCCUCUGUGCUGUUCUUGAAGGUGGAAGACGACAUACUAAAACCCUCUAGAGAAUAUUUCCUCAUUGGAGAAAACAGUGCUGAUGUGGAUGGUUGGCUCAAUGCAUUAUUCAAGGCAAUGAAGACCCAGAAAUCACAAAAUAAACAACGACAAAAAGAUGAUACUCCGGAAAAGAGAUCUAGAUCAAUGUCUUUACUUGUGAACUAUUCAGAACCAAAGGUUGAGGAUGAACCUAAUGACAGACGGUCAGCACCUGAAUUAAUGCCAACUUACCCGCCACCGGACAGCCAUUACGUCUAUCCUCGCAAGCUCAGCGAACCUCCAAUACCAGUAACAUGCAAGUUUCCAGUUAUUGAGGAAAAAGAUGAGACGGACGAAAAGCAGGAUGGACCUCCAGAGGACAGCAGUGAAUACAUGUCCAUGGGAUCAGUGAAAAUGGUGUUGGAAGAUGACCAACAGGAGGAUGACACUGCAUGCAAACAGAAAAAUGAUGAUCACAAUCAUUCUAAGCAAUCAAUCAGCUUCAGUGGAAACUGUGCCUCUACUGAGUUGGACAACAGUGAAACGUACACACAUGUUGAGAAGGAGACCUGUGAUAGUCAAAAUGAUCUGAAAGACAGUCUGACCUUGACACAAGAAGGCAAACCAAGUGUGUCUGAGUGUCGUCAGAUUCAGGACUCAAGUGGGGAUCAGACCCUGCCUCCAGGCACCGUACAAGAGAUUCAGAAAUACAUCAAAAGACUAAGCAAGGAUGAGGUAAAACUCCUAAUUCAGCGGCUUCCAGCCCUCACUCUGAACCCUGCCCAUCACACUGAGGACACAAAACAAAGUCUAAUGCGAAAUCUCUCACCACCAUCAAAAUAACAGAAAUGUUGUACACAUGUCUCAUUUAGCAUGUAAAUAUGUAAAAAAAAUAAAAAAAAAUUAAAUGUACAUGAAAUUACAUGAGUGCCCUAGUAAAAAAAAUAAAUAUAAUUAAAGUACAUUUAUUUUAUACUAAAUAUAGUUCAAAUCUAUUAACAUAUUUAUUGACAUAUCGCUCGAGACUUACUGAUAUAAAAAUUACAAUUAAACUUUAUUUGGAGUACUUCUGCACAAUGCACAUUUCUUAAUAUUAAGCCUAAAAUUUGUUUUAAUGUCACUAUUGAUGAGGAUUGUAUGAUCGUUAAAUGCAACAUAUUUAAAGUGUACCUGACGUAUACUUGCAAUAGCUCCACUUUAGCACAAUCAAAUAUACUUCAAUACACAUUUAGUUGGACUUCUGCACAAUUAAAGUGCACAAAAUCAGUUGUUCCAAUUUAGCAGACUUUAAGAUACCUUGUAUACCAAAAACUGCAGGGUAUUUUUAUUAAGUAUUUGUAGUAUAAUUAACAUGAAAUAAAUGUAUUUCAGAUACAUUUUAAUAUAUUUAUUUUUUCACUAGGGUGGCAGUGGAUACUGUAUAUAUUUGUUUGUUUGAAGAACAAGUGUCAAGCAUUACUAAAAAACUAGUAUGAGAGUUAAUUCACAGUGAAAAACUAAUAGUUCUACACUGUUCAUAUAUUUUAAAGCAGCACUUUUUUGUCAUUGUAUAUUCUUUAUUUGUUUUGCAAUACUUGUAAUCAGUCACACGCUGCUCCCAACCAUUAUGCAUUGCUUUAAAUGUUUGUCUGAUGAUUACUGAAUUACAGUAAGUAGUCUGCUUAAUGAUAGAUGAAUUAUGCUUUAGAAAAGCAAGCAUUUUGCACAUUGUUACACUGUGAAGUGUUAUUAAACUUACCAUUUGACAGUUUCAGCCUUUUUUCUAAUAAGCUGUGUGCAUGCGAUAACAUAUGUACAUAAAAAUUAUAUUAGUAGUUAAUUUCUUAACAAGCACAACAGACUUUAUUA